GCCUACAAGCGUUAUCGGGGAUUUCUAUUGGAGAAGCAGUUUCUGCCUAUCUUCAUGAUUGUACUGUCUUUGGCUUUAUCGUUAUCGUUGAUUGGCAGAUUUAUUUGCAUUGCACGCCGCCCCCUGGCACUAUCGUGACCGCUAAGUUGUUUUGUGUGUAGCCCCUCCACCCCGGCGUUGCUGGUUCUCAGACGGAAGAGGACACAUGAGGUUGUUGUAGGAGCGGGAAAAAAUGGCGACGAACAUCGACUACAGAGCUAACACAUUGAGGAAUCGAAAUAUUGUCUGAGUCUCACCGAUUCUCUGUGGAAACUAAAGUUCUGGGAUCAAGAAACUCGCAGAGCCAGGGGAGAUGGAGGAAGAUUCCGGGCACCUCGACAAGUCUGAUCAAAUGACCCACGGUCAACCAGCCUCUCAACAAUCCAUGUCUCCAAGUCAGUCAUUCCAGUGUAACCAUUGUGUCCUCCUUUUCAAAUCAAAAUAUUUCCUCCUGGAACACAUGAAGAAGGUGCAUGGCGUUGAUGUGGAUCCUUCACAAAAUGAUGGGAGUUCUAAUCCCUCAGAGAGUUCCACACAACCUCACAGUAGCACCCUCUACAACAAUUCAGAGGAGAGUUUCUCUUGCCGGCAUUGCAUGUUUACAUCUUCCAGUUGGCCUGUUAUUAUCAAACAUGAAAGAACAAAUCACAAGGUUUCGGUAAAGGGCCCUGGUAAGGGCAGGACCCUAAAAACACAGAAACUGUAUUUAAGGGGCAAGCUGCUUAAUGUCAAAGUGCCACUGCCAGGGAAUAAGAACCAACACAAUGUGUCAAGACUCCAAUGCAAACAAGGGGAAGUGGGGAGACUGAAUUUCCCCAAUUCCAAGUCUACCUCAAAAACCAUAAACAUUCCUAGCUCUAGUCUAUUGCUGGAGAACCUGCAAACUCAAGUGGGAUCCUCUGAAAAUAUUUCCAAAUUCAAAAUUGCGCAUGGGUCAUCUUUAAAUUCCUCACAACUGAAGUUGCCCAACCUCUCAAGGCUAUCACGUACGCAUGAUGUGACCCUCGUGUCACAUGCGCCUUUCCAUAGCUAUGACCAAGACGGUGGUAAAGGUGUCUCUAAAGUAACUGAAGCGAGAUCUCAUACAGAAAGUGAACAGAAGGGCUCUCACUGCUGCUCACUCUGCAACUUUUCUGCAACUUGGCUAGAAGAUCUUCACACUCACCAGCGAAGUGAGCACAGUUACCUUUUUUACAGCAUGGGGCGAAGUCUGCUGGACGGAACAGCGACAGAACAGCAGGAUCCAAAACCUGAAUCGUAUAAUGAAAUGCCACUAACAGAGCCAUUGGCUAAUGCCACCAAGAAGAGGAUGCAUGAUGACACUGCUUUGAGUCCUGCUAAGAAAAAGAUUAAAACGAGCCCUGAAAGUACAGUCAUCCAAAGCAAGCUGUCAGGGGGCACUGCUUUCACCUUUGAGGUUAGCGAGGAUGAAGAGGAGGGGGAUGCCUGGAGAACUGAACUAGAUGCCUCAGGAACUGAAAAAGAUGAGCACGAUCAAUUGGAAAAUAGAGAAAGCAGGGACAAACACAAAAUACUUUAUCGUUGCAAACAUUGUGACUACAAUCACAGGUCAUCUCGCAGUUUGAGCACCCAUUACCAGAGAAUGCACCCAUACAUCAGGUAUGACUUUCAGUACAUCAUUAAUCCAGAUGAUUGGACUGCCACCUUCCGUUGCUUGGAGUGUCCUGUUGAGUUUGCCACCCCUGAUGACCUCAAGAAGCACUAUAGGGAUCAUCAUCCAGAAGCUCCAGAUGUGUUCAUGAUGCGAUCAGAUCAGCUUGAUUUGGUGUACAAGUGCUUUGCCUGCCCAUUCACCAUGUCUAAUGGCAAAUACUUGAAACCCCAUUACAAAAACAAACAUCCAAAACUGAAAAUGAGCAGUCCUUUAAUGUACUGCAGUUUUACUGCCAAGCCUUCUAAAGACGAACCCUCUAAAUCCCAUUUAGGGCAAACCUCCAGCCUACAGAAUGCAGAGGUUGUCUCUCCUGAGAGGUCUCUGACCCCAUGUAAAGGAACUGUUCAUAUCAACUCUACACCCCCAAAAGAAUGUUCUGCUUCCAUGGGAGUGGAUGAGGAACUGUACCACUGCAAACAUUGUGCCUUCAGCAAUAAGUCGGUGGUUGUUGUGCUUGCCCACUUCCAAAAAAGCCAUCCGAAGUCAGGAUUGACAAUUGAUGACAUAAAACAAGAAUCUCUUGCCACUUCCAGGGAAGCUAAGGACGAAACACAGUCGUCUCCUCAAAAUAUGGUUUUGGAACCAUUCAAACUCCCAGAAGUAAAGUCCCCCAACACGUCCCUCUUUAAACCCGAUGUUGCACAGGAUGAUGUAGAGAAAGUGUCACAGGGCAUAGGAAAAGUCUCACAUAGCACUCCCCUCCAAAAAGAUUUAGCACAGGAACAUGUUAUAAAGCCAAUCAAACUCCCAGAAGUUAAGUCUCCUAACACAUCCCCUCCCAUUUCCAAUGUUUCGCAGGCAGAUGAGAGUUUGUAUUUCUGCCAGUUUUGUGGCUAUUGCAACCCCACAGUGAGAGGCGUUAUGAAUCAUCAGAAGUUGAGACACAGUACUCGUAAGUCAACUGCUGAACGGAUCAUUAAACAUACUGCUGCGAUUUGUAGCAACCCCAAAGUGAGAGGGGUUUUGAAUCAUCAGACGUUAAGACACAGUACUCGUAAGUCAACUGCUAAACGGAUCAUUAAACAUACUGCUGCGAUUCGUAGCAACCUCAAAUUGAGAGGGGUUUUGAAUCAUCAGAAGUUAAGACAGAGUCAUCUCAAGGUGACUGCUAAUAAGGUCAUCAAGCACACUGCCGAGGCUCAUGUUCAAAGUGAAAAGCUUCAGUCUACUGGAUUUGACUCAUCAAACUCUUCUCUCAAAUCCACUGUUGAGAACGAGAUAGCUGACUUGUUUUUUUGCCAGUACUGCAACUAUGGCAACCCCAGAGCUUUAGGGGUUUUGAAUCAUCAGAAAUUAAGACAUCGUUGUCUUAAGACAUCAACUAGUCAGAUCCUUCAAUAUACAUCUGAGCUUCGUAGUCAGAAAGAUAAACCUCAGUCUGCUGGAUUUGACUCCUCUCUCCUCACAUCUGAUAUUGGAAAUGAGGCAGGUAACUUGUUUUUCUGCCAAUUUUGCAACUAUGGGCAUCCCUCAAUGAGAGGAAUGUUGAAUCAUCAAAAGAGAAGACACAGUGAACUCCAAACAACACCUGGCGACAUCUUCAGGCAUACUGCUGAGGUUGGAGGGCAAACUGAAGAAUCCAAAAAAUCUAAGGGAGUCAACUUGACAAAGUCUUCUAACAUCUUACCUCUUCCUCUUGUGACAGAAGAGGCUGUGUUAUUCUGUCAGCUUUGCAACUAUAGCAAUCGAACCAUGAGGGUGGUUGUGGAACAUCAAAGGAAAAGACACCCAGAUCUUAAAGCAACUGCUAAACAAAUCCUUGAAUAUACCGCUAUGAUUUUGUCCCAAACUAGCAAAUCGCCUAACUCCUCUUUCUUAACAUCUAAUGUUGUCCAAGAAGAGUUAGAUAAGUUCUUUUGCCAAUAUUGUGACUAUAACAAUCCCACAGUGAGGGGGAUUUUUAAUCAUCAAAGUAAAAUGCAUUGUGAGCUCGAAACAAACGCUGCGCAGAUCUUAAGGCAUACUGUUGUCGUCCGAGAGCAAACAAAAAAAUCUCAGCCAAAAGCAGUGAACUCACCUAACUCUCCUCACCUCUUGUCUCAUCCUCUUUUGAAGGAUGAGGUUGAACACGUGUUUUUCUGUCAGCUUUGCAACUAUAGCAAUUCAACGGUGAUGGGGGUUUUGAAUCAUAAAAGGAAAAGACACCUUGAUAUGAAGCCAACUGCUAAGCAAAUCCUUGAAUAUACUGCUACUGUUUUGGGGCAAAUGGGCAAAUCCCACCCAGUACGAAGAAACUCGCUAAACUCAUCCCAAGAAGAAGAGAGAAAGUUGUUUUACUGCCAGCAUUGUGACUAUGACAAUCCGACAGUUCGGGGGGUUUUGAAUCAUCAAAAAUUAAGACAUAGUGAUCUGAAGGGAACUGCGGAUCAGGUUGUCAGGUAUAAUGCAAUUGUUCCCGGCCCAAAUAAAAAAUCAACAGUGCAACAGCCUAACAUGUCCUCCAUGAAAGCCUCACAAUCUUGCAAGCAGAAAGCUGCACUGCUCAGGUCCUUGAAGUGCCGCAAAUGCUCUUAUACAACUCCCCAUAUAUAUCUUUUGAAAAGACAUCUGAGGAAUAACCACCAAGAGAAAGCCCCGAUCACUACGAUUAUACAUUGGGCUUAUCAAGAUGGCCAUUUACAGGAAGGUUAUCACUGUGAGUGGUGUGCUUGUUCACAUACUGAUGCGAAGGGACUCCUCCGGCACUACCGGCAACGUCAUCCAGAUAAAAAAACUGGACUUGAAUCCAUCAUCCUGAGGUUACAUGCCGGCCCUAAGACUUCUCAAUCUAAAAAAACGAAGCCUAACCCAGAACACAAUGAAAAACAUGAUCAGAUUAUCCUCCGGUUUGGGGAUGUUCCAAAGACCACUUCAUCUUUUCAGACCGGAGGAGGUGACACACAAAUCUAUCCAUGCAGAGCAUGUCCCUUUAAGGCUACUUCCAUGGGGGGUAUAAGCAGCCACUACCAUGCAGUUCAUCCAUGGUCUGUCAAGGAAGAUGGGUCUGUGUUAGAUGUCAUUAGUAGUAGGCAGACCCAAGAACCGGAGGUCCAUGAACAGCUUGGUGUUCAUGAAACUCCAAAGCGAAACCAGCGAUAUAGGUGCCCUGUCUGUUCUGGAGAGUUCAACAACCUCCAUGGUAUGUUAACUCAUUGUGGUAAGAAACAUCCGGAAUAUGAUACAUCAACUUAUGAAAGGCAACCUGAAGCGGAACCUAGUACAAGUGAGGGGACUCUGGUGUUCAAGUGUUCAAUCUGUCCGUAUGUGAACUCUCACGCUCAUGGUGUUCUAACUCACUGCCAGAUGAGGCAUCCAGCCGUCAAAGCCAGAACUGAGAGACUUGAACAAGAAAUUGUGCACUUCACUGACCCAGAUGAAUGUGUGAAAGUCCGAUCGGGUAAGCGGAUGGGAUUGGCAGGCUUCCGGUGCAAUAUGUGUCCAGUCAUCCAUGCAAAAUUCAAGAAGUUGAAGGCUCACUAUGAGAUGGAUCACAAACGAUCUGCCGCAAAUAUAUUCAAACCGGCUUUGAAACAAUCCGCUGCCAUUAAAAAACAAUUGCUCUCCAAAUACAGAGGCUCCCAGACCUCAAUUGCCCAGGCUGCCAUUUUAAAAAAUGGGAAAUCCAUCAUAGUCAAGUGCCACCUUUGCAAGUAUCUUUGCGCCACUAAAAAGGGUCUUGCCUGUCAUCUUCGCAUUAAACACAGUACAGUGGCUCCAAUUGAGGACAAAGAGUUUUCCUACAAGUGUGCACUGUGCUCGUAUACAACUUUGAUUUGUAAAUACCUUGCAGCCCACUAUAGGAGGCAACAUGGCAAUGCUGCUUUCACCAACCACUUUGUUCCAGCAUUCAGACCUCACCGCAUUCUUCCAAACUCACCGGACCACAAGGCUUCUUUGAGUCAGGAAACCAAAUCACCUGGUGAGAAGAUAAGCUGUUCUUGCUGUUUUUUCCAAUGUCUUAGUGAAAAAGGCCUGGUCUCCCAUUAUGCGAUUUGCCACCCAGGAGUCUCUCCUAACAAGCACAAAUCUAGCAAACUUAGCCCGAAUAACACAGUGCAGUCUCCCCCCAAGCCUAGAAAUCAUCCCCAGCAACAUAAACCUGUAUGCAAAUUAUUUGAUCCACAAUGUGAGAAAGGCAAAGCAUUGCGUCCAGUUAAAUGCAAGAAAUGCGUGAAGUUAUCUUUCAACUCAAAUCUGCUGCUAAGUAUCCACUACACCAAUUUCCACAAUGAAGAUUUCACACAAGACUUCACUAUACUUUCAAAGACUUCAGAUGAUGGCACAGAGUUCUACAGAUGUGGAUACUGUAACCUCCAAAUCCAGGGCAGUGCCGAUCUCUGCUCCCAUCUCGACCAUCAUAGUGAGGAGUUUCAGAAGCUGACAAAUGGACAGAAGAGGAAACAACGCCUCAGUGACCCACCGCCAAAGACCAAGCCUGUUAAGCAGGAAAGACAAGAACUGCCCGAGGUUCUGACAGCAGAAGAAUCGGACAGUCAUUGGAUUGUGACACAGGUGGAAUCUGUUACAACAGGGAUGGGUCCACUGGUGUCCCCUUCCCCUGUCCCAUCGACAACAGAACCAGAGGGGGGGUCAGUAGGAGAGGAGUGCAACCACUGCGGGCGAACUUUCAUGUCUUUGAAAGGUUUACGUUCACAUGAGCGGAGCCAUGCAGCUACAGCAGCGCUCAAACGGCUGGACAAUGUACCUCAUCAACAGAAGCAGAUGUUUGACCGCCAUAUUAGACAUCGACCCGGGACCAUCAGACCCUUCCACUGUGGGCUCUGUCGUUACAGAACUACCAUAUUGAGCCUCUUGAAGAAUCAUCUGCUCAAAGUACAUGGCGCUCAGGACCCAUCCAAGAACCUCCCUUCCUCCGUGACCGGUAGCGAGAACAUGGAAUACACCCUGAGGGCCGCUGAAGAGACCCAGAACCUGCUAGAACCUCAAGAAGGCAACCAAAUGUCUGAUGAUUCUGAGGAAUCAGACCUCACUGAAAAACCAGUUUACUCGGAGCCCCCAGAUGUCCAGAGGCAGCUCAACCACUAUAGGCAGGUGGCUCAGGCCAAGGCCUCCAGCAGCCCUCCAAGCCCACAGACCACCAGGACCACUCAAGAUGGCUUACUCGUCUGUGAGUUUUGUAUCUACACCUCAACACACAUCAAGAGUAUGCGUCGACACUACAUAAAUCGCCACAAUGGGAAAAGGAUUGUGAGGUGCAAGGACUGCUCAUUUUUCACAGGCUUCAGGAAGAAGUUGGAUAUGCACAUAGAGACGGCACAUGCCGGUAGCCCAACAGAAGCUCCUAAGGAGCUACACUGCCCUCUCUGUCUUUACCACACCAAAAACAAAAACUGCAUGAUCGACCACAUUGUCCUCCAUCGUGAGCAGCCAGUGGCCCCUAUAGAGGUGCGUCGUCCGAAGCUGUCACGAUAUCUCGAGGGCAUCGUGUUCCGCUGCCACAAGUGCACCUUCACCAGUUCCAGUGACAAGAAACUGCUACUGCACAUGCUCAAGCACGACGAUCUCAAGCCCUACAAAUGCAGACUGUGCUACUUCGACUGCACACAGCUGAGCGAGUUGGAGGCACACCUGUGCGAUAAACACCAGGUUGUGAGGAACCAUGAGCUGGUGGGACAGGUCCAUUUGGAGGAACUGGAAACAAGACUGAGCAGAGUCAACGGGGAGGGAGAACAAUUCAUGGACUGUGUGGAGACCCAACGGCAACAAGAUGAGGUGAACAAAGAUGGCGAUAAGGAGGUGGCAGAGAACACAGCCCAAAACAGUGAAUUCCAGGAUUUUAGUAAUGACGAGAACCAAGAGGGACAAUAUAAGCAAUCCCAUGAGAAGGUAGAGGAACAUUUAAUGGACUGUGAGGAGGAGAACCAAGAACCUGGAGAGAUGGCCAUAGAAGAACAAAACAUUCAAUAUCAUGAGAUGCCAGUGCUUAAAGAUGAAGCCUGCAACUAUCACAAGAUGCCAGUGCUUGAAAAUGAAGAGGGCAAAGAGGAAAUGCACAGUAAUCAUGGUGCGACACAGGAAAAUGAGGAGGAGGCAGUGAAGACUGGCCGUCUAAAACCUGAGUGCGAUAAUAAACCGGAGCAAGGGUCUGAACAGGAUGAAAAAUAUGAAGAAACCCCCAAGAGUGGCGAGAAGCAAGAUCACGAGGUGGAGGAAAACAACAAGGAAAAUGGCAACAUAUCUUCACCAAAAGAUGCCUCCACUACCCGGGAGAUAAUUCCAGUGACCAGAAAUGAGAAAGCACUUUCCUGCGAGCUCUGUGGCCGGACUCUCAUGAACAGCACUGACCUGGAACGGCAUGUGAUGCGCCAUGGCUUGUAACUGUGUUGGUGCAACUGAUGAGGAUGUAUUGAUACUGAGGGUGUUGCUGCUUAGAAAUGGGAGACAUGUCAUAAGAGGGCUGCUUUUAACAGCAAGCUGAUUAUGUAAAGUUCAAUUGAAUAAUGUUUUAUUGUCACUUGUUGCAUACUGUUUCCACCUGUAACUAACUAUUCUUGACUGGAGACACUGCAGCUAUUGUUGUAAAGGACAGUCUUUUAUUAUUGUAUAUUAUGUCAUGCCAGAAUGACUGUUCACAUUUCCAACAUAUUGGCUGUUUUGAUGCUUUGUAAAUAUGUUGAUCUUGUUGUCUUUUAACAUUUCUUUAAUAAAUUACUUUAUCCUAGA